AUGGAACCCCAAACAGUCUUGGCACCGCGUCGGUCUGGGCGGAGCUCCGAAAGUAGCUCGUUGGAUGCUAUUGCGAACGAAAAGCAGAAGCUGGCUGCGACCAACACAUCAGCCCAGCGUCGCACUCCAGAUUGGCAUAAAUCAGCCUCUCCUAAACGGUGGAAAACGUUUUGGAAAUCUUUCCGAUAUCUGCAGAACUUAACUCCAAAACAAGUCGACGACUUCAUGGCAUCCUACGUUAUCUAUAACCUAGAUUGGUCCAACGAAAGACAAAUGGUUGACGAAUUAGGGCCCAAUUACCAGCAAAAGGUCGGUGAUUGUCUCAAGGCGUACUACGGGGUACUAAAUCACCUUUGCGCACUCGGUGAUGUUGAAAAAAUGUAUAUUCCACCUUUCAUGAGCAAGAAAGCGACCGUUCUGGAAAAUCAGUUACUGUAUGAAGAGUCAAUUGCCGAAGACAUCGGAUUGGAGAAGGGCGAUAAGGUGUUGGAUUUGGGUUGCGGCCGCGGCCGCGUCGCGGCUCACAUGACGCAAUACUCCGGCGCGCAAGUCACGGGGUUGAAUAUCGACCCGAACCAGAUCGCCCAGGCUCGCGCGUACAAUGAGAAGUGCGGUUUCAAUGAUAACACCUUCGUUGUACAGGAUUUCAAUAGCCUUCCCCUCCCCUUCGAGUCCGAGUCUUUCGACGCCUUCUACCAGAUCCAAGCCCUAAGUCUGUGUAAGGAUAUUCCCAGCCUCUUCAACGAAGUCUUCCGUGUCGUCAAACCGGGAGCCAGGAUUUCCCUUCUGGACUGGGUCAGCUUUCCUGAGUAUGACCCAUCGAAUCCCGAGCACACCGAGCUCAUGCGCCGCGUGAAGCCGCUUAUUGGGGCCGUGGGGACCCCUACUCCCGAGAGCUUGGAAAAGGCCUUGACUGAUGCCGGCUUCACUGUGCUUCGCUCGGAUAAUGCCAGUGUUGGCGGGCUCCAAACCCCAUUGAUUGAGAAGGUCGACUUCUACUUUAGAUCCAUGCGACAGAUCAUCCUUGGACUGGUCAAGGCCCACGUGCUCCCCCUUCACUUCAAGACGCUGAUCAACCGCUUAUGCUUGGAUGGCAAGGCGUUCGUUAAGAUGGACACCAUGCGACUCGUGACCACAAGCUACAGUAUCAUUGCGCAAAAGCCUAUCCAGUAA